CCGCUCCUCCCACCUCUCCCUACCUUCGACAUCCCACAUGCAACUAUGGGUGGUAGUAUGCCUUUAUGCGGUGUAUCUCGGGUGUAAGGUGGCUGUGUAAUCAUUCGAGCUCCCCUCCUUCGUUGCCUUCUUAUCCCUUCUCUCCCUCGACGUCGACUCUGACAAAUUCACUCCUGCCUACCGCUUACUCUUUAUGCUGAGACCUCAGUUGCUCCCCUCUCGCUUGAUCCCCAGAGCCGCCUGCAGGGCAUAUCCUCGAAUCCAGCCUGUCCCCCGAUUCUAUCGUCCCGCCAUGUCCGCUCUCAAGCGCCAGAAGUCGGCCAAGGAUGUGCCUUAUGAGCUCCUAUACUGGCCCGGCAUCCCGGGUCGCGGCGAGCACGUCCGUCUAGCCCUCGAGGAGGCUGGCGCUGCCUACACGGACACGGCACAAAUCGAGAAUGGUGUGAGCGAGGUGGCGGCUCAGAUCGCCGAAAGCAACGUAGGCGACGACCUGAACCCGCCCCCUCUCGCGCCGCCCAUCCUCCGCCACGGCGACCUCCUCAUCUCCCAGACCUCCAACAUCCUGCUGUACCUAGGGCCGCGGCUGGGACUGGUGCCGUCCGAGGAGGAUGAAGCCCACCCGGACGCCCUGUACAAGGUUAAUGGGCUGGCGCUCACUGCCCUCGACGGCCUGAGCGACGAGGUCCACGACUGCCACCACCCUAUCGCCUCGAGCCUGUACUACGAGGACCAGAAGGAAGAAGCAAAGCGCAGGAGCAAGGACUACGUCGAGAACCGCCUUCCCAAGUUCCUCGGCUACUUCGAGCGCGUGCUCCAGGGCAAGGCCAGCGGCGAGGGGCCGUGGCUCUACGGUGGCCAGCUGACCUAUGCCGACCUAGUGCUAUUUCAGUGCAUCGACGGCGUCAAGUUCGCCUUCCGGAAAGCCACCUCGGCUGCCGAGAAGUCGGGCAAGUACGCCCACGUCUUCAAGCUGUACAGUGCGGUCAAGGAAAGGCCCCGGAUCCAGGCGUACCUGGCCAGCAAGAGGCGCCAGGACUAUUCGAACGGUAUCUACCGCUACUACGAGGAGCUUGAUUUCGGCCCCGAAGGCCGAGACUGAUCGAGCGGCGAAAGAGCCCAGAAAAAGGGAGAUGCGAGGAUUGGGAUAGCCUUGAGAGAAAACGAGGGUAGAUGUUCUUGCUCAUUAGAUAGGCUCCGUGAGACAAUUGAGGUGCCGUCUAAAGUGAUGCUCCGUAGGUGAAAAGGCGGCUGUCCUGCUUUCUCUUUCGGGUUAGGCCUCAGCUCGAUAUAUAAGUUUCAGAAGACAGUUGUGUCCAACCUGCGUCCUCCAUGCUUAUGAUCUCUUAGUAAAUUUAAUAGCGAUGGCCACGCACGCCAUGGACGGCUCUAGCUUGCUCCCAGAUCCACAGAGGGUGCCCCCUAUUUCGGCCUUAGUGACUCACCUGCUGGACGGAUGGCUGGCUGU